AUGGACCUGAACCAAAACACCAUUGACCACCUGAUCUCCAUAAGCUCCAACUCUGACUGGUGGACAAACAUCAAAGUAACAUUUAGGUCUCCCGGAAUUAAGUACUCGGGAUCUGACAAGUUGGCCGGGCUGCCCCGCAGGAUCAUCGAGGAAACCCAGCGUUCGCUGGCAGAACCAGUCCCCGGCAUUAAAGCAGAACCAGAUGAAAGCAACGCCCGUUAUUUUCAUAUGGUCAUUGCUGCCCAGGAUUCCCCUUUUGAGGGAGGGACUUUUAAACUUGAACUAUUCCUUCCAGAAGAAUACCCAAUGGCAGCCCCUAAAGUACGUUUCAUGACCAAAAUUUAUCAUCCUAAUGUAGACAAGUUGGGAAGAAUAUGUUUAGAUAUUUUGAAAGAUAAGUGGUCUCCAGCACUGCAGAUCCGCACAGUUCUGCUAUCAAUCCAGGCUUUGUUAAUUGCUCCCAAUCCAGAUGAUCCAUUAGCAAAUGAUGUAGCAGAGCAGUGGAAGACCAACGAAGCCCAAGCCAUAGAAAGAGCUGGAGCAUGGACUAGGCUAUAUGCCAUGAAUAAUAUUUAAACCGAUCUGAUCAUCAAGUGUGCAUCACUUCUCCUGUUCUGCCAAGACUUCUUCCUUU